UUGAAGAACCGGUGCACCGUCGUCGGCGGUUACGCGGACGACGCCGGGAUCUUGCGGCUCAACAGCGACGCCGCGAGGCCCAGGCUGGAGCCGCGGGUACGGUGGAUGGAGCCUCUGUGAGAGAAGCAGGAGGAUCCAGAUUUGGGGAACAAGCAGAUACGGGAAAUCAAGCCCAGGAAACAGACCAAGCCAGUAAGCCUGAACAAGCUGCACAUGCACUACAACUAGAGCGAGGACUGUGAGCCACCCGCACCCGGUCUCCGCACCAUGCACAUCACCACGGACGGGCGGGGGUCCCCCCGAAUCUGUGAUUCGAGCUUCACCCCGAGGUUGCGAGACCCGCCCUGCGCCCAUCUGAAUAGGACCCCGAGGGGAUUUGACCCCGUUUCAUUCCAGGUUACGUUUUAAUAAUCGCGGGUCUAGCAAGGGGCCGACCUGUCCUCGGGACAGAGUCAAUGUCCCAACCCACGAGGAAAUGAGUGGCUGCAGCGUGGGAUACGACAGACGUUCCUCCGCGGAAACAAUUCAGUUCUCCUACGACGCACCGUCUAGAUGGCCCUGAACGCGGGACCCGCUCUCCUAGACCGCGGCCCACACGGCAGCCCAGGUCACCUGGCGCAAGUUGAUGCAGGUCCCUGACGCCGACGUCAGGAGGGCCUACCUGAAGCACAUGUGCGUGAGCCGGCUCCACCUGCUCCUGGAAAAGGGGAAGAAGACCCUGCUCCGAGCAGACCCCCCUCCUCAGACCACCAUCACCAUCGUGGGCAUCCCUGCUGCCCUGGGUCUCCUUGGAGCUGUGAUCACUGCAGCUGUGCUGUGGAGGAGGAAGUGCUCAGCCUCCUUCCCAUGAAGGAGGGGUGGAGAGUUCUGGCUGCAGGAGGAGAGCUCAGUACAAAGCCCUGUGUCCCCAGAUCUGGAUACUAAUGACGCUUCUCCAGUUCUCACU